GUCAUGCACACGCCCAUUGGUCUGGCCAUCGACGCUUGAAGUCAAACACGCCUACAGUCAGUCAGGCAGAGGAAAUCAUUUUUGGCAAAAAUGAACGCCGCUACCUUCCGAGACUGCAAGGCGUGGAUAUCCGAGGGUCUGCCACUGUCCACCAGCAGCAAUGAAGCCUGUAAACUAUAUGAUGCUAUACUUUCUCAGUAUGUGACCUGGCGCAAUGAUGAAACACUCGGAGGAAUUGAAGGCUGUAUUGCAGCUGUCAAAGCAGCAGAUCCGGACUUUGUAAUGGGUCAUGUGAUCUCUACUGGGCUGGAAUUGGUGGGCACAGGAAGUUCAGUCCUGAGGGAUGAGAGACUGGCCAAUGCCGUGAGGACGACUGUGGACCUGGCGAAAUCUCAAGAGCUCACACCCAGAGAGAGAGGCCAUGUCAAAGCCAUGGAGCUCUUCUCUAGAGGAGCUUUACAUAAGGCAUGUGAGAUUUGGGAGGAUAUUCUGGUGGAUCACCCUACAGACAUGUUGGCAUUGAAAUUUGCCCAUGAUGGCUUUUUCUACCUGGGUGAACAGACUCAGAUGAGGGACUCGGUGGUCCGAGUGCUGCCCCACUGGAAGCCACAUAUGCCAUUGUACAGCUAUAUUAAAGGGAUGCAUUCUUUUGGGCUGCUCGAGACUCGGAACUAUGAUGAAGCUUUAAAAAUGGCAAAAGAGGGUCUGGCUUUGACUCCUGAGGAUGGCUGGUGUGUUCAUGCUGUGGCUCAUGUCCAUGAGAUGAGGGCAGAGAUUGACAAGGGGCUAAAGUUCAUGGCCUCUACAGAAAAAGACUGGAUGGUGUGUGACAUGUUGGCGUGUCAUAAUUACUGGCACUGGGCCCUCUAUCAUAUUGAAAAGGGGGAGUAUGAAGCAGCAUUAAAGAUUUUUGAUGAGCAGGUUUCUCAGCGCUGUGUGAAAUCUGGAGCCAUGCUGGACACCGUGGAUUCUUGUUCUCUGCUCUACAGACUAGAGCUGGAGGGUGUGAGCGUGAAGAACCGCUACCGAGAGAUACUGCAGGUCACCCAGCCUCAUACAGAGGACCACACAUUACUUUUUAAUGAUCUGCACUUUCUCAUGGUUAGCUUGGGCUGCAAAGAGACAAACACCAGUCAGCGUCUGCUGGAGAGCCUGCAGGAACUAGCUAAAGACCCAGCAGAGAACCAUCAGCUUCAUAUAGCCGAGCGUGUGGGUCUGCCCAUGUGUCAGGCUCUGCUGGAGUAUGACCAGGGUAACUACAGCCAGGCUGUUGAGUUGCUUAAACCCAUCCGAUACCGCUUUGUGGAAAUUGGGGGCAGUGACGCACAGAGGGAUAUUUUCAAUCAACUGCUUAUUCAUGCUGCCAUGAAGUCAGGAGACAAACACCACCAAAGAUUUGCGAGAUGCAUGCUGAUCGAGAGAGACUCCCUGCGCCCAAACUCGCUGCUCACGGAUCGUCUGAUUCAGAGAGCACAUGCCUUACACAUUUAAAUAUGGCAGCAUCUAUUCCUUAAAUAUUUAACAGAGCUUGUUCUCUAUUUGUUUAAUUACAGACACCUUUCUUAACCAUUUCAGUGCAUGCUUGAGAUCAGAGACCCGAAUUUGCAGACAUUUCAAGGCAUUUACUUCACCAGCAAAGGCUUUGGUUAGUUGAGACACUUCCUCCUAGAGCACAAGACUUAUAUAACAUUAUGGAUGUGUGCAAGAGACUGAUAUUUGGCACUACACAUAUCACAGAAUCACAUUUACUGUAGUAUUUUGUAUAUUUUUUUAAUUUGCAAUGCAUUAUCAUUAUUAUUCAAUUCUGUGUGCAUUAAAAAUAAGGCAACAUGCCUUCAGCCUUUAUGAAUGUGUUAUGAAAAAAAGAAAUUCCCACAUGCUUAACAAAAACUUCUCUCUUAAAUGUAAUAGAGAUAAAAACUGGUUUAAGGCAGAGUGAAAUGAAUCGUAUUAAAAAAAUGAUUUGGGGGGCAAAGUACCCCAAAGUACUAUAAAA